AUGCCCUCAAAUGAGGCUGGUGUCUUGCAGUCUUCUUGCCAGGACAUUGUUAUAUUUUCAGCGUUUUUCAUCAGUCCCACAAUGUUCCACGGUGAGGGGUAUCAGGAGGGAUAUGCCGAAGGCAGCCACAUUGGAAUUGCUGAGGGAAGGAGGUACGGAGCGCUCCACGGCGCCAAGGUCGGGUCGGAGAUUGGCUGCUACCUUGGGUUUGCACUGACAUGGCACUGUCUGCUCCAGAAAUGCACAGAUGAAAAGAGCAGCAAAAAGAUAAGGGCUCUGGAGUCAUUAAUAGGGAUGAUUCAGAAAUUCCCAUAUGAAGACCCCACUUAUGAUAAGCUGCAGGAAGAUCUGGAAAAAAUCAGAGGAAAAUUUAAACAGGUUUGUUCAAUGCUAAAUAUUCAGUCUGAUUUUAGAAUUGGUACUGAAAGAUCUUCACUAACAUUUUGAAUACAACAGAUGAAGAUAAACGUGGAUGACCAAAGAAAAAAAACAUUAAAGAACAGAACUGGAAAAGUGGUUUUUUAUCUAUUUUUUAUUUUUUUUAAAAAAUCAAAAUAGUGAAGUGGUGCUAAAUAUUAAAGGGCAAAGGGAAAA